GCUCUCCCUCUCAAAAUGCUCUCAUAUGGCCACACGUAUACAACUACUUCCAGGGAAGUCCCACUCACCGCUUUCUCGCAGCGAGGGUGUUGUUUAACGAAAUUAAGAGGACGAAAAGCGGAUUCCUGUCGCUUUAACAGGGUUGAUGGAUCCACCUAGGGCAGUUGGAUAAUCUUGAUUUCAAACCAGUGGCGUACAUGGGCUCCAGGAUCCUAAGGGAACAAAUGGCGUAUGAACCUAUUGUUGGUCACCGGCUACCAUGGGACUGCAUCUCCUAACGUUACUCCGUUGCCUUAUGGAUUAAACCUGUGGGUCAAAGGCUUGGAGUGUGUCCACUUAAGAUAACCACCUGCUUCGAGUUGGACACCCGGGCAGUACUCUAGCCCUCACACAUCAAAUGAUUUGUGGGGCGCAUAUGUAUUUGGUGCCUUCUUGUAUCAGUGUUUGUGUUUAAAUAAAGAAAUAUCCCACAAGAGCUAAUGUUACCUCCAGGAUAAGUAUUCUCGAUGCUCUCAGUCACUUCACUCCAUAAUCAAUCUAGCCACUAACUCGGAACAGUCUUAAAACAACAUGUGGUACUUAGAAGGCGAGAAACUUAUCUUAAAAAUGUUUGGAUUGUUACUCAAGGAAAGGUUUGGUUCUUACCUGCCAAAUUACUGGGAGUCAAAACACGAAGCGCACGUAAGUUAUUUGGAAUCGGCUACAUAUUUUGGGGAGUGCAAAGGUUAGUUGAAUUAGUUUCAGUUAGUCUUCCUUCUAUUAUAAUGUGAUUAAUUUUCAACUGUUUUUACCAACUUUCCCCAGAAAGAUGAUGUCUAUUUAAAUUUGGUCCUUGAAUUUAUUCCGGAAACCGUAUAUCGUGUUGCCCGAAGAUAUGCCCGUCAAAAGGAAACAAUUCCUCUUUUAUUUGUAAAGCUAUAUAUGUACCAACUUUUCCGAAGUUUGGCUUACAUACAUCAUAAAGGUAUUUGUCAUCGGGAUAUAAAACCCCAAAAUUUACUUUUAAAUCCAGCAACAGCUGUUUUGAAAUUGUGUGAUUUCGGAAGUGCGAAGGUUUUAGUUCGCGGUGAACCUAACGUUUCUUACAUAUGUUCCCGUUAUUACCGGGCUCCUGAAUUGAUAUUUGGUGCUGUGGAUUACACAUGUCAGAUUGAUGUUUGGUCAGCUGGUUGUGUACUUGCUGAACUUUUGUUAGGUCAGCCAAUUUUUCCUGGCGAAAGCGGUGUAGACCAGCUUGUUGAAAUUAUAAAAAUCUUAGGUACUCCUUCCCGCGAACAAAUUCACGAAAUGAAUCCUGACUAUCGGGAAUUUAAAUUUCCACAGAUUAAACCUCAUCUCUGGUCAAAAGUUUUUCGUCCUCGCGUUCCAUCGGAAGCAAUUCAGUUGGUGUCACAGUUACUUGACUACACACCCUCAAAACGUUUAGAACCGUUAGAUGCUUGUUUACAUUGCUUUUUCGAUGAGUUAAGACAAGAAGGAACUAGACUUCCCAAUGACAGACCUCUACCUCCAUUAUUUAAUUUGACACCCUACGAAAUGACUAUGCGAGAUGAUAUGUACAAAUUUCUCCCACCUUCUCGAACAUCCGGAGGAGCUGGGGGAUCAGAGUCAAGUUUACCACCUACUUCGGAUCUUUCAAUGGUAGAACAACCACAACCGCAUCAUAUAACAGAUGCUGUUGAUCGCACGGGACAAAAUCACAAUCCCUCUACAUCAGAAGGGAGUAAAUUAUCGGAUUCAGAAAUUCGAUUAGCAGUUGUAGCUCCAUCUCGUAGUUCGGAUAACAUACAACUCAUAUCAAAUAACAGUAACAACAAUGAUAAUAACAACAAUAUUGAUAUACCUCAUCAAUUGAAAGAUUCCUGCCAUGAAGAGUUAGAAUCUAGGAAUAUUCAAGGUGUCAAUAGUUAAAGAUAAUGAUCACAUUGUGUCUAUCUAUAAAAUUUAUUCACUAUAUUUGUCCUCAUGUGACAUUUGUUAAAUUCCGAAAUUCAAUAUCACGAAACAAGGAUGAAAAACCAUUCGACUCAGGUUUCUCGUCCAGUUUAUUCCUCCUGAGACAAGUACUAAUUAUAUACAUGUACAAAUAUUUACCAAUAUAAUCAGUAAUAUUUCUUAAGAUUAAUGAAGCUCCUUCCUGUAGAUGACAAUCAAAAUAACACAGAAUUAUAGUGACAAAGUAAUUUGUUUUAUUCCUAUUUUAGGAUUUCACUUAUUUUCCAUUUCUGUACAAACAUACUCUCACAUUCACAAUCUAAUGAUCAUUUCUCAUGUAAUUUCAAUCAUAUCCAUCUCUCUUUCAAUCACUUUAAUUAACAACAUCUACAUAUUUUGUGUGUUUUUUUGUUCAUUCAUGUAUGCUACAUUUAAUGUUGUAGUUUG